UUGUCUGCGUCCCUUCUUUCCGCUUCUUCUCACAGUCGCCCUUUCUUCUUUUCACUUUCUCCUCACAGUCGAAGGAUUUCUACUCACUUUCUACAGUGGAACCCAAACGAUUUCUUCCUGCUCUUUGAUCUACGGAUCAUUCAACUGAUUUCGGUUCCGCCAAUCGAUCCAACUCCCAUGGAUCAAGACCAUCCCUCCGCCGAUUCUUUGGCCUCGCCCGCCACCAAGAAGCUCAACGCCAAGGCGCCAGAAUUCGUGCCCCGCUCCUCCUCCUCCUCCUCCGCCGCCGCCGCCGCCGCGCCUCCUCCGCCUCCGCCGCUUUUGCAGCCGGUCUACGCCCGGCCGCCUUCUUUCGGACCGCCGACUUACUACGGAUACGAGAAUUUCUACCAGCCCGGCGUGGCGCCGUUUUACGGUUACAAUGUGAAUCCGGUCGGCGGAGUGGAGUUUUCUGCUGAUGGAAACAAUGGCGGCGGCGCGCCUCCGGCCUCCAAGAAAACUGGAUUGCCGGAUGCGCAUCAGAAGAUUAUCAAUCAGGUAGAGUUUUAUUUCAGUGAUAUCAAUCUGGCUACAACUGAUCAAUUAUUUAAGUUCAUGAGCAAAGAUCCGGAUGGAUAUGUGCCGCUUUCUGUUGUCGCAUCAUUCAAGAAGAUCAAAUCUGCUGUUUCUGAUAGUACACAGCUUGCUAAUAUUCUGCGAAGCUCCAAUAAACUAUUAGUCAGUGAAGAUGGGAAAAAGGUUAAGCGCCAACAUCCGUUGACUGAAUCAGAGAUGGAGGAGCUGCAAUCUCGUAUAAUUGUUGCUGAAAACUUACCUGAGGAUCAUUCUCACCAGAACUUGAUGAAGAUUUUUUCUUCAGUAGGGAGCGUGAAGUCUAUUCGCACCUGCCCCCCUCAGAAUUCCAAUGCUGGUUCAUCAUCUUCUUCCAAAUCAGGAAAAGAUGGGUUACAUUCGAGUGGCAAGUUUCAUGCUUUUGUGGAGUAUGAAUCUGUUGAAGCAGCAGAAAAAGCCGUUGCUGAUCUGAAUGAUGAAGGCAAUUGGAGAAACUGCCUAAAAGUUCGAUUGCUGAAUAAAAGUUCGGUGAAACCUGCUAACACAAGAGGGAAGAAAGCUAAUCGCGAAGUUCAGCUUGCUGGCGGCAAGCGAGACGAGGCAGUUGCGCCAGAGAUGCAAGGCUCAAAAGAUAAUCACUCAGAGGAUGCAUUACGACAAUCCGAUGCUCAAAAUAUUGAGCCUCAGAUGGAGAAUAACGCAAAAGGAAACAAUGUGCAUAGAAAAGGGCGCAACAGCGGCGGAGGCAAGGGUAAAGGAAAGGGGCAAGGACGUGGUCGGGCUCAUCACCCGGGGGGGCAUGACGGAAAUGUGGUGGGAUCUCCGCCAUGCGAAGCUCCUGUAGGCACAGCGAAAGCAUCUCCCGUCCCUCGCAUGCCGGACGGCACGAAGGGAUUCUCGAUGGGUCGAGGCAAGGCUGUAGCUGUAAAAACUGCUUGAAACGGUAAUAUUGAUAUUUCUAUUCUCGAGAAAAAGGGCGGAAGGGAAAGCAUGUUGAUAUUAAUGUCGAUAUAUCAGCUUCUGUCUUCGGAACCCCUUUUUCGAAAUAGCCUUACUGCAUAUCAUAAAAAUGGUAUAAACUACAGAUGGCUGAGUCCGAUAUAUGAUAUAAUAUGAUAUGAUAUGAUAUGACGAAUGAUAUUGAAUUGCGACUGACUAUAAUAUGGCCCGUUUUUUCGGUUUGUUUU